AUUCCCAUCAAUUUACCAUUUGAAAUUCAGUCAUCAAAAUGCUAUUAUCAAAACCUCGAAAUCUUCUGUGUUUUCUUCCCAUGAAUAUUAAUUUGUUGUUGUUCUUUUAUUAUCUGCAUUUCAGUUUCUUUCAUUGCAAACUCUGCUUCUUUCUGGACCAGUAUGGUUGUGAACCCAUGUCCAAUUCAUCAAAGUUAACAUAGAUAUUUUGAUCCUUAUUUUACGUCAAAUAGUGUUUUAUUUCUUGUUUAUGGCGUUGAUCAUGUACCUUGUAGGAAUGAUUAAUAUAUAAAUACAAUGUUACACGAUUCUCUACCAGCUUAAGCUUUGUUUCCUAGAACUCUUAGAUUUACUAGCUUGAAUUUUUGGAGAAGUGGGCUGUUAACAAGGUGUUUGGGCAAACAGGUCUUGAGUUUUUUUGGGCACACGGUGAGGGGUUUUUUUUUUUUUUUUUUAAUUUUUUUUUUCCCAAAAGUUCAAGCAAAUGCACACCCACCCGCAAUAUUGUCCCUCACAGGACUCGAACUCUCAAAUUUUUAGGGGGAAAUUGAUUGUCUAACAUAAUAUCAAAUCUCUUCUUUAUUAUGGAUGUCUUGUUUCAAUUCUCACUGUUUGCAUUUUACUGCCCAUUCUCGCCUGUUUGUCUACCUCUCCGCUUUGAGAAACGAGGUCACAAGUGAGAGAGUGUUGGAGCUGGAUAUACAUUGUUGUUAGAGAGUGGGAUGGUUAUCAAUUUUUUCACAUUCCUUGCCUCAGGGAAUGGGAUGCUAAUGUAAAGAAUUUAUUUUCUGAGAAUCAAAUGCUUUUUCAUAUGAAGUAUUAGCUAAUGCAUGUCAAAAUUUUAUCUCGGAAGUUCUUUGUUCUAAGCAUAAUACCAGCUUCUAUUCUGGAGGUCUGUCAUAUGCUGUCAUGCAAAACAAGAGUAUUCUUUAUCAGAAGUCCUCUUUCAGUUUUGGAAGAAACUCAGAUGGACCACAUGAUUUUAGAAUUCCCUCAAUGGUUCCCAAUUCACUACCAGAUCGAAGUCUCAUUAAAUCAUGCCGAUUGAAGGCAAAAUUUCCAGUUAUCAUCAGAAGUGAAGGUUUGGAGACACUGGAUUUUGUUAAAAACAGUCGCACAUUUCAAUAUGCGAAGAUCAAAAGCGUGGCUAAUGAAAAUCUCGAAGAAUUAUCUGAUGAAGAUGAUGAUAUUUGUCCUGCUGAAUGUGUCAGAGAAUUUAGGACUGACGAAGAGUUCUUCAGAAUUCUGGAAAAAGCCAAGGAAACUAAUUCUUUAGUUGUAGUUGAUUUUUAUCGCACUGCUUGUGGCAGCUGCAAGUAUAUAGAGCAGAUUUUUUCGAAAUUAUGCAGAGGAGCUGGUGAUCAAGAAGAUGCUGUUAUCUUCUUGAAGCACAAUGUAAUCGACGAAUAUGAUGAUCAAUCUGAGGUUGCUGAACGACUUAGAAUCAAGGCAGUGCCACUGUUCCAAUUCUAUAAAGAUGGGACCCUAUUGGAAGCAUUCCCAACUAGAGACAAACAGAGGAUUGCUGCGGCUAUUCUGAAAUAUACAGCUUCUGCUUCUCUAGAUGUUUAAGCUAAAUCUGGUUUUGUUUCGAAGCCUUGCUUUCUGUCAAAUUGCGGUAAAUACUCAAGACUGGUGGUAGAGAUGAUCAAGUGCUUUAAAACAUGCCGCAUUUGUAACAUAAUAUUGAACAAUUUUUCUGUUUGUGAGGACGGAUAAUAUCCCACAAGGCUGUAAGUGAAUCGUCAAAAGUUCUGUUAUUAGUCAAUAAUAUUCAGUCAUCAUUGUCAAGAUUUAUCUGAUUGAGUGUGGAAAUGUAGAAGAAUAUUUAAGCCAUGAGUUAUUUAGUAAACCGGUGAUUACUUAAUCUACCAUGAAAUUCAGAAAUGAACAUUUUAAUUUUUAACUA